AUGCUCGGCCGUCUUACCCACUACGCAUUUGAUGCGGUCCUUUUUUCCGCUUUCCUUGCUGGCGUCAAGCGCUCCACAGGCCUCACCCCCAGUGUGAAGACCGAACAGCUCUCCGAUAACAAAGAAGUCAAGAAGUGGUUUGACAACUACCUUGGUGUUGGCGAAUGGGUUAUGGAUCAGUCCGUGGCGGUGAUGGGCUCCUCCAGCUGGUUUGAGCGUCGACGAUAG